CACCUUCGUAUUUUCGCCACACCACCCUACACAGCACACAUCACUCAGCGGUUUUACAUUUCCAUCCCACCUCUCCAUCGCCGUCCCCAGUUCAGCGACGACGACGACGAUGCAUCAAGCCGGCUAUCAUCCGAAUACGGGCCCCCCAGAUAUGGCACAACUUCAAGCCACGAUGCGAUCUAUCGAACUUGCCUGCAGUUCUAUUCAGAUGCAUGCAAAUCCAGCUGCUGCUGAGGCAACCAUAUUAUCACUAAACCAGUCUCCUCGACCAUACCAGGCAUGUCAAUUCAUUCUAGAAAAUUCUGAGUUGGCAAAUGCAAGAUUUCUUGCUGCUGGAGCAAUUAGAGAUGCGGCUAUUAGAGAAUGGUCAUUUCUCGAGACUGAUUACAAGAAAAGCUUGAUCUGGUACAUCAACCACAUUUUUGUCGCCAAGCAAUCUUCUCCAUCUCCACCAACCUCUCCAGUUCUUCCCUUAAUGCUCUAUGUUUAUCCUUCUCCUCCCUGGCUAACCUUCGACUCUCCUCCUACCUAUCCAACUCAUCUAUCUCCGAAAGCCUCCCACUCUCCGCAUAUCAAGAACCUGUCUAUACGAGAAAGAUCCGGUUGGUCCCGAUUAGAAGAUCAGGUAAAAUCUCUCCCAAUCAUAGGCAAAUCCACUAACAUAUUCUCCCUUAUAAAGUCUGAAAACUCCUCCAUAGCCCCCGUGAGUCUCCCACUGCUCGACCUCUCAAUAGGAAAUCGAACCACAUUAAAGUCACCUCCUAUACACGUUGGUAGAUUCCACCAAGCCAUUAUUCCAGCCAGUUCAUCCCACAAGCCCCGUCUACUGUCAUCACUAAUGAUUCGUGGUCCGAAUCCAAUCAAAUCCCCUGUUUCCUCCUCCUGUAUAACAUCACUUUCUAUUUCUCCCUUCUUGGUUCCAUCUACCCACAACACAAGUGCUUUUUCCGUCCCCAAGUCACUUACUUUCAUUGACUUUGAGUUCCUUCUAUUAUAUGUAUUCGCAACCCUUGUUGUCAAAGGUGUCACAUCAUGCUCUAUCACCCUUGAGGUAACUAGAUCCUUUGACAGUACAUGCCUCGUCCCUUGGUCACCCAGUAAAAGCCCAUCAUCGUGUGGGGCUGUGUCCGUAGCACCCAUCUUUAUUGUCUCCAAGUUCACCAUAUUCGGGUCCUCUUCUUUAGACAAAGGUUUGCUGUUAUGUCUGCAUAAGUCAAUCCUUGUCGAUUAUGUUCAUUCACAGGUCGAUGUUUGGCUUUAUCCCUCGCAACAAAAGAAUCAACAACAGUUUGAAACACCCGCUAGUUUGAUGCCCAUCCUUCUCCAUUCGCACCUUCCGGCACCAUCACAACUCCCUUCCGACGCCUAUCCCCAAACUGCGCUAUCAUCAAGUACCUACCACGGCGAUUCGAACAACGCUGUGCCAAGAAGGCAUCGUUACUGGACUGGGGACAUUCUGCCCGUCAUCCUGGUUUUCUGGCGCCGGCGCGUGACUGACGCGCCGCCGCGCGUGACUGACACGCGCUGUUCCGACGGCGCGUGGGUCACUCAACUCCGUCCCCCUGGCCGGAAUCGCCUUGGCGUAAGGCCGGUGAAUGGUUGGCCUAUCGACGUGAUGUCGCCGGCGACUGUAGCGGUCGGUGGUGAUGGGGUGUUCGGGGGCUGGCUAAGGAGGCUUAGUUUGCAAUUACUAUUACUUAACAUGUUUUCUUUUGGUGUAAAAGAGCAUCGAAACCACCAAUGGCUAGAUUUUACAGCUGCUGAGAAGGAGGCAGUUUUCCUUGAGGUGAAACAGGCUGUUACUGGCAGCCAGAUUGUUGAUGUACAGUUUAUGGGAAUCAGUUUUUUGGAAUCGUUGGUAUCAGAAUUUUCACCCUCUACAUCAACUGCUAUGGGCCUUCCUAGAGAAUUUCAUGAGCAGUGCCGAACAUCGUUAGAGCUGGACUAUAUAAAGGAAUUUUACCGUUGGGCACAAGAUGCUGCUAUAAAUGUCUCAAAUAGAAUAAUUGGAUCUGACUCAGCCAUUCCUGAAGUUAAAGUGUGUUCAGCAGCCCUUCGUCUAAUGCUUCAAAUCUUGAAUUGGGACUUUAAAGGGAAAAAAAAUGCAGUUGAGAGUUCUAAAAGAGGGCUAGAUGUGUAUUGUGGUGAAAUUAAGCCAGAGAGUAACUUUCUUGGAAGGUCUGAAUGCAUCUUGGUGCAGCCUGGUUCCUCGUGGUGGGAUGUGCUGAUUUCAAGUGGUCAGGUCGGAUGGAUUUUGAACUUGUAUGGUGCACUGAGACAGAAGUUUUCAUGUGAAGGCUACUGGCUAGACUGCCCUCUUGCAGUUUCUUCUCGGAAACUUAUUGUCCAAUUUUGCUCCAUAACAGGAACCAUAUUUCCUUCUGACAGCGGGUACAUGCAAAGGCAGAACCUUGUACAACUGUUAUCUGGAAUCAUACAAUGGAUAGAACCUCCUGAUGCUGUUUUGAAAGCUAUAGAAUGUGGAAGAAGUGAAAGUGAACUCCUUGAUGGUUGCCGAGCACUGAUGUCUAUGGCAGCUGUGAGUACACCACUUGUGUUUGAUCAACUCUUGAAAUCUUUGAGGCCUUACGGCACUCUUACACUGUUAUCUGUGCUGAUGUCUGAAGUCAUCAAAUGCCUUUUGGAAAACCUCUCAGAAGAAGAGACGUGGAGCUGGGUAGCACGCGAUAUUUUACUGGACACUUGGACUGCACUUCUUACGCGGUUGGAUAGUAGUGGACAUAAUGAUUUGCUUCCACCAGAAGGAAUUAGUGCUGCAGCAAAUCUCUUUGCAAUUAUAGUAGAGUCUGAGUUAAAGGCUGCUUCUGCAUCAGCCUUCAGCGACGAUAAUGAAUAUGAUUACCUCCAUGCUUCUAUUUCUGCUAUGGAUGAACGAUUGAGCUCCUAUGCUCUUAUUGCUCGAGCAGCUAGUGGCGCCACAAUCCCUUUACUCACCACACUUUUCUCAGAGCGUAUUACAAGGCUUCAUCAGGGCAGAGGCACAACCGAUCCAACGGAAACUUUGGAAGAACUUUACUCACUGUUACUGAUAACUGGGCACGUUUUGGCAGAUGAAGGACAGGGUGAAACACCCUUGGUGCCGAAGGAGAUACAAGCUCAAUUUACGGAUGUGGAUGCAGACAAACAUCCAGUUGUUAUUCUCUCUGGUUCAAUCAUUAGGUUCGCUGAGCAAAGUUUGGAUCCAGACAUGAGAACAUCAUUUUUCAGUCCUAGACUUAUGGAGGCAGUUAUAUGGUUCCUUGCAAGAUGGUCUUCAACAUACCUGAUGCCACCUGAAGAAUAUAAAGGAAAUAAAAGUGGUGAAAAUAAUAAUGAUGCCCAAGUUCGUUUAGAACACUCCAAAAAUGCACUGCUUAGGUUUUUUGGCGAGUAUAACCAGGGAAAACUUGUGCUUGAUAUUAUUAUUCGAAUCUCCUUGACUACACUUGUUUCAUACCCUGGGGAGAAGGACCUGCAGGGACUUACAUGUUACCAGUUACUUCAUGGACUAGUUCGACGAAAAAAUGUUAUUUCACAUCUUGUUUCUUUGGAGUCAUGGCGUGACUUAGCAAAUGUUUUUGCUAAUGAAAGGGGUUUGUUCUCAUUAAACGCUUCUCACCAGCGUUCACUGGCUGAGACACUUGCUCUUGCAGCUUCUGGCAUGAAAACGUCCGAGGCAUCAAAUCAGUAUAUAAAAAGUUUGACGAACCAUAUGACAGCUAAUUUGGUGGAGUUGUCAUGCAAGAAUGAUCUCAAACAUAUUGCUCAACAGCCAGAUGUUCUUUUGUUGGUUAGUUGCUUGUUGGAGCGGCUUCGUGGGGUUGCAAGUGCCUCAGAACCUCGAACACAAAAGGCAAUUUAUGAAAUGGGUUUCACUGUGAUGAAUCCUGUCUUGAUUUUUAUUGAGGCUUACAAACAUGAGUCGGUAGUUGUCUAUCUUCUACUCAAAUUUGUCGUCGAUUGGGUGGACGGCCAAAUAAUCUACUUAGAGGCCCGUGAAACUGCUGCUGCUGUUGACUUCUGUACACGUCUGCUUCAGCUGUACUCAUCUCACAAUAUCGGCAAGAUAUCAGUUAGCCUUUCAAACAGCUUACUUAGUGAAGCAGAUACAGAUAGAUACAAGGAUUUACGGGCCCUUCUACAACUCCUUGCAAAUCUGUGUUCGAAGGAUCUGGUUGACUUUGCAUCUGAACCCCUCGAGGCUUAUGGUGUGAGCAUUUCUCAGGUUGUAUUUAUGGGUCUUCACAUAGUAACCCCUCUGAUUACUUUGGAGAUGCUGAAAUAUCCCAAGCUUUGUCACAGUUAUUUCUCUCUACUAUCGCACAUGCUGGAGGUUUACCCUGAAAUAGUCGCUCAAUUAAACAUUGAAGCCUUUGGUCAUAUAGCAGAAACUCUUGAUUUCGGGCUUCAUCAUCAGGAAGGUGAAGUUGUUGACUUAUGUCUAAGGGCUCUAAAAGCACUUUCAUCCUAUCAUUACAAGGAAAAAGGAAUGGAUAAAGUUGGUUUAGGUUCACAUGUUACCAGUUAUAAGGAUCCUGGUGGAAAAGUUCGAGAAGGCAUACUGAGUCGGUUCCUUUGUUCAUUGCUGCAACUUCUUCUUUUUGAGGACUACAGCAUGGAUCUUGUAAGUUCUGCAGCAGAUGCACUUUUCCCAUUGAUACUGUGUGAACAAAGUGUUUAUCAGAAUUUAGUGAAUGAAUUGAUAGAAAGGCAGACCAACCAAAUGUUCCGAUUACGGCUAACAAAUGCUCUCCAGUCUCUCACAAAUUCAAACAACCUUUCUACGACACUUGACCGUGUAAAUUUCCAGAGAUUCCGGAAGAAUUUACACAGUUUUCUCAUUGAAGUUCGUGGGUUUCUUCGAACAAUAUGACACCUGCAAAAUCAGUAGAAUAUGAGCAAUCUACUGAGUUUGUAAAUUUUUGUCUGAGGAACUCCAAGAGUGCCUUUUCAGGUUGCGUUUGGAAUGUAAGUGCCUUUCUGCAAUGUGUUGUAGAGUUGAUUUUGUGGUCCUAUAGGCAUUUGUGAUUGAUAUUAAUUAUUUUGUAUAUUCGAUCUUGCUGUGAGUAGUCUGAGAAGAUAUGAAUCAUUAGGAAGUAGACACAGAGUUGCUUAAAUUGAAUUUUGUAUCUCCCCCACUCUACACCCAACAAAUCCAAUUAUGUACCCCUCUUUCGAUAAAAAAAAAAAUGUUCUCAAGUUUAUUU